AUGCCAGGCUUUUGUAGGAAAGACAAUGACGGACCUGCGAAGUCUUCCAUUCAUCGGCCAGAUUGGACGUAUCGGUUUUUCUCUUUGAUGGCCCAGUCCAAAGUGGUCCAGAUAGUAGUUGUUGAAGGCAUAGUCGAGACGCUGCAACUCUCCUAUUUAUACAACACUCUGGCAUUCUACUCCCCUCAUUGCCGUGAGCUCGCUGCCUAG